AUGGAGCAGCCGGAGGAACAGGAAACUUCGUACAUAACAAUGGCAGAUGUUUUGAAGGAACAGGAAGACCUCGAAGAAACAUCCGGAGCCGUUUUGGGAGCAUCGGACGACAAAAACUGCACCUAUCCCAAGGGCUACGUUAAUCGCCAGGCGCUGUUCGCUUGCCUUACCUGUGUCCCGGAAGCCCGGGCCGAUGAGUCGAAGCGUUCCGGCAUAUGCUUCGCAUGCUCGCUACAGUGUCACGACAAUCACGAACUGUUGGAACUGUACACGAAGCGCAAGUUUCGCUGCGAUUGCGGUGGCAAACGGAUGCCGGAUGUGAAGUGCAAAUUGGAACCGCGGAAAGAGGAAGAGAACGCCCUCAACCGCUAUAAUCAAAACUUCGCCGGCCUGUACUGUAUCUGCCACCGGCCGUACCCGGAUCCGGAGACGGACGUGGCCGACGAGAUGCUGCAGUGCAUCGCGUGCGAGGAUUGGUAUCAUCUGCGCCACUUGGAGGUGCGCCCGGGGAAAAAUGUGAAAUCUUACGCCGAAAUGGUUUGUGGAGGGUGCAUGGAGGCGCUCCCAUUCCUGAAGCAUUACGCGUACAAGAUCGAGGAACCGAACUCGACGCUGGACAACACGAUCCAGGUCGACGUGACUGGGCUGGAUGAAUCCGCUUCCGUUGCGCCCGCCGAUGAGGAAGCCGGCCCAAGCGAGCCGAAACAGCGCCGGUUGGACGAUUCCAAGACUGCGGACGUUGCGGAGGAGAAGGACAAAUCCACAGCGCCACCGGAUGCCCUUGACAUUUGCACCAAACCUCCGCUCGACGGUGACACAGAGAAGGCGUCCAAGAACGAGGCCACCUUUUGGGUUGGAGGAUGGCGCAAGUCCCUUUGCCAGUGUAAGCAGUGUGCUGCGCUGUACCGCGAACACGCGGUCGAGUUUUUGCUAGACCCGGAGGACACGGUACAGCACUACGAAGAUGUUGGCAAGCGGCGCCUUGCCAGCGAAGGAUCGGCAUACCAAAUGGGCAUGGAAAUGUUGGGCCAGCUGGAUCGCGGCACCCAGGUCAAUAUGCUGACCGAGUACAACCGGAUGAAGGAUCGGCUGCUGGAGUUUUUGGAUCCGUUCGUGUCGAGCCAGCAGGUUGUAACGCAGGCGGAUAUUAACGAGUUUUUCGCACGACUGAACCGUGAGCGUCGGUCGGAGACCAGCUCCGGGGCGCCACCGUACUUCUGUCGCUAA